CCUCCCUCUGCUUCCGACGGCCGCGCUGAGCUUCCAGCACGCACAGCUCUGGCAGCCACGGCCCCGUCCCGUCCUAUUCGGUCCUGUCCCGGCCCGGCCCGGCCAGGGACAGGUCACCCCGGUGCCACACAGUGCCCCAAUCUGUGGGCUGCCCCCAGUGCUGUGGGAGAGGAGCAAACCCCAGGAUGGGGUCCUUGGAUCCUGCCUCAGGAGCAGCUGUACGGAUGGUGCUGAGAACUGUGGCACUGGCACUGCAUGCCUGCCUCCUGGCCGCCCUCCACCCCAGCGACCCCAACGUCUGCAGCUACUGGGAGAGCUUUACAGCAGCGGUGAAGGAAUCGUAUGCCAAACCCCACGUUUUGACCUCCACUGAGCCCUGCACUGGGACACCAGGACUGCCACAGCCCUGCCCGCAGCAAAGGGUCGUGUACCGCACGGAGUACCGACAGGCGGUGCGCACCGACUACCGCCGGCGCUACCAGUGCUGUCUGGGCUACUAUGAGAACAGGGACGCCUGCGUCCCGCGCUGCACCCAGGAGUGCGUCCACGGGCGGUGUGUGGCCCCUGAGCGUUGCCAGUGUGAGCCAGGCUGGAGGGGACACGACUGCUCCAGCAAGUGUGAUGAGCACUCGUGGGGCCAGGACUGCGAGCACCGCUGUGACUGCCACCAUGGGGCCCCCUGCGAUCCCCUGAGCGGGGUCUGUGCCUGCCCCCCUGGUUUCACCCCCCCGCUGUGCCACAAGCCCUGCCCAUCCGGCUCCUACGGCCCUGACUGUCGCCUGCACUGCCCAUGCCACCAUGAGGCCCUCUGCAACACCUCCACUGGUGCCUGCCUCUGCCCCCCAGGGCUUGCUGGCCCACUCUGUGAGGUGCUGUGCCCCAAGGGGACACCGUGCGUCACCCACUGCCCCUGCCAAAAUGGGGGUAUCUGCCACCCCCCCGGCUCCAGCACCUGCGUCUGCCCCCAUGGAUGGAUGGGGGACAUCUGCUCCAUACCGUGCCCUCCCGGACGCUUUGGACCCGGCUGCCAGGGGGAGUGCCGCUGCCACAACAGGGGGCGCUGUGACCCCCUGGGGGGGCAGUGCCGGUGUGCACCCGGCUUCACCGGAGAGCAGUGCCGGGAGAGGUGCCCGGUGGGGAGGUAUGGGCAGGACUGCCAGGAGAGCUGUGACUGUGCCAACGGAGGACAGUGCUUCCACGUGGACGGCGCGUGCCUGUGCGAGGCCGGCUUUCAGGGCAGCCGCUGUGAGGAGCCCCGCUGCCUUCCUGGUCUCUAUGGCAUCCACUGCCAAAGCCACUGCCUCUGUCACCCCCAGCACAGCCAGAGCUGCCACCCGCUGCUCGGCGAAUGCUCGUGUCGCCCUGGCUGGGCUGGGCUCUUCUGCAACGAGAGCUGCCCCCCCGGCUCCUUUGGGGCUGGAUGCCUGCAGCUCUGCCUCUGCCUCAAUGGGGGCACCUGCGAUGGGACCACCGGGCGCUGCCACUGCCCUCCUGGUUACACGGAUGAGCACUGCUCCUCCCUGUGCCCCUUGGACACCUUUGGGCUGAACUGCUCGGAACGCUGCUCCUGCCAGCACGGCGUUGCGUGCUCCCCCAUCGAUGGCUCCUGCAUCUGCAAGGAAGGCUGGCACGGACCUGACUGCUCCACACCGUGUCCUGAUGGCACCUGGGGCCCUGGAUGCAAUGGGAGCUGCGACUGUGCCCACGGGGCCACUUGCAGUGCCCAGAGUGGGGUCUGCAGCUGCACCCCGGGAUGGCACGGCCCCCGCUGCCACCAGCCCUGCCCGAAUGGGACAUUCGGUGCCGGCUGCGGGCAGCGCUGUGAGUGCACCAACGCGGAUGGCUGUGACCCCAUCACUGGAGAGUGCCACUGCCUGCCUGGGUGGACAGGGUUGCAGUGCAAGCAGAGCUGCCCGCAGGGCUCCUGGGGCCGAGGCUGCCGCCAGCCCUGCAUGUGCCGCAACGGAGCGUCGUGCUCUCCUGAGGACGGAUCCUGCACCUGCACCCCAGGCUUCCGUGGCCCCACAUGCCAGCGCCAGUGCCCUCCUGGCCGCUAUGGAAAGAGGUGUGCACUGAGCUGCUCCUGUGCCAACGGUUCCUCCUGCCACCAUGCCACCGGUGCUUGCCUCUGUGCUGCAGGCUGGAGCGGCCCCCAUUGCUCCCAGCCCUGCACACCCGGCUCCUGGGGGGACGCCUGCUCCCAGCGUUGCCAGUGCCACAACAGGGGGACGUGUGACCCGGUUGAGGGGACAUGCCACUGCCCCGCAGGAUGGACAGGAACCAGCUGUGAAGAAGAGUGCCCCCCUGGGACCUUCGGAUUGCAGUGUGACCAGCUAUGCCACUGUCCCCACAACGCCACCUGCCACCCCGUGAGCGGGACGUGCCCGUGUGCCCCAGGCAGGAGCGGACCCCACUGUGAGGCUGAGAACCCCGAUCAGCCCUACACCAUCGUGCCGGCCCCACCGUUGGCCUACAGCACACUGGGGAUGGUGGUCAGCCUGGUGGCCCUGGUGGCUCUGCUGGUGGCCGUGGUGGCUGUGGCACUGUGCUACCGCCACCGGCAGAAGGGAAAGGAGAACAGGCACCUGGCCGUGGCGUACACAGCAGGACGGAUGGACACCUCUGAGUACGUGGUGCCAGAUGUGCCACCGAACCACACGCACUACUACUCCAACCCCAGCUACCACACGCUGUCCCAGUGCACGCUGCCUGCCCCCGGCAGCCAGGACAGAGCCAGCUCCCUAAAGGUCCCCAGCUCUCAGCCCUUCUCCGGUGCAGAGAGGCCUUAUGGCCCUGAUGGCAAUGCUACCCUUCCCCCCGACUGGAAGCACCUAGGAGCACCACCACAGGGACCCAGGGGCGGGGGGCAGAUGGAGCGGAGCUACAGCUACAGCUACACCUGCAGCCUGGGGAAGUACUACAGCACGGAGCACCCCCAGGAGGGGCUGAGGGCCAGCGGCAGCUCUCUAGCCAGUGAGAACCCCUAUGCCACCAUCAAGGACGUGCCAUCGCCGCUGGCCAAGGCCCCCGAGGGCAGCUACAUGGAGAUGAAGUCCCCGGUGCAGCGAGAGAUGUCCUACGCAGAGAUUGGGCUCCUGGAGGAGCCUGACAGCAACGAGGAAGAGAGCAGCCCGGGGGGGGCAGAGUGCGCAGCUCCAGCCCGGGACAUUCCCAGCCACUACGAUUCGCCAAAGAACAGCCACAUCCCCAGCCACUACGACGUGCCCCCCGUCCGUCACCCGCCGUCCCCUCCUCUCCGCAGGAAGGAUCGCUGAAGCCCCCCCCUCCCUCCCGCCUUCACAUCGCGACACGUGGACAGGAAACGCUGCCCUGCAGCGGGG